AACAAAGAGGCAGUGAACAGACGGCAACGACCCGGCCAAGGGCGACGCUAACUGGAUGUCCUUGUCGAGACAAACACGACCGGACCAGAGGCUGACUGCGGGGGAAAAGCCACUCGAAAGCGAAUGAAGAAACUCCUAAUCUUUCACUUCACAUACAGAGGACUUCGCGCGAAAGGAAAAAAGAGUAAACGGAGAAAAUGGAGUACAAAUUACGAAAGGCUGAGCCAAAGGACGUGCCUGAUAUAUUACGACUGGUGAAGGAACUGGCUAAAUAUGAGGAAAUGGAGCACCAGGUGACGUUGACCGAAGAAGAGCUCCUUGAGGAUGGAUUCGGCGAAACGCCAUUCUACCACUGCAUCAUCGCUGAAAUCCCGGGAGGGGGCGGCAGCCAAGAUUCUAAAGUGGUUGGCUUCGCCAUGUACUACUUCACCUAUGACCCCUGGGUGGGCAAGCAGCUCUACUUGGAGGAGUUCUAUGUGAUGAAUGAGUACAGAGGACUCGGCAUUGGCUCAGAAAUGCUCCGGCAGCUCAGUGACCUGGCGGUGAAGACCCGCUGCACGGGCAUGAUGUUCGUGGUGGCCGAGAACAACGAGCUCUCCAUCCAGUACUACAAGCGGCGCGGCGCCGAGGACCUCUCGCAGGAGGAAGGCUGGAGGCUGUACAGGUUUGACAAGAGCAGCCUGGUCAAGAUGGCCACGCCCACCGAGGAGUGAAAAUGCGGGAAGGAGACUAAGGUUUCCACUUAGAAUUUGUUUUUAAAAAGGCCAGCAAACUACUUUGUUUUUCUGAUGGUCACAUGUUGACCUGAGCUCAUACCACAAUAAAUACAUCAUCAAA